UCUUUGCCAAUCCGUUCACUAUGGCCACAGACCACCAGAACCCUGCAUCCAAGCAGCAGCAGCCAGGCACCAGUGCAUUUAAGCUGGUUAUCUAUGAGCAGGAAAACUUCCAGGGACGCUGCCAUGAGCUGACUGGUCCCUGCAAUAACCUCCAGGAAGCAGGCGUGGAGAAAGUGGGCUCCAUACUGGUGCUGUGUGGACCAUGGGUGGGAUACGAGCAGGCCAGCUGUAAGGGGGAGCAGUAUGUGUUUGAGAAGGGGGAGUAUCCUCGCUGGGAUUCCUGGACCAACAGCAGGCGUAGUGACACCAUUGUUGCAUUCCGCCCGAUUAAAGUGGACAGCCAGGAGCACAAGAUUGUCCUUUACGAAAACCCCAGCUUUGCAGGGAAGAAGAUAGAAAUCAUAGAUGACGAUGUCCCCAGCUUUCACGCACACGGCUACCAGGAGAAGGUCUCCUCUGUUCGGGUUCAGAGUGGCACUUGGGUGGGCUAUCAGUAUCCAGGAUACAGAGGCUAUCAGUACCUGUUUGAAAAGGGGGAGUAUAAGGACAGCACCGAGUUCGGAGCCCAGAUUCCUCAGAUCCAAUCGGUUCGGCGCAUCAGAGACAUGCAGUGGCAUCAGAGGGGUGCUUUUCACCCCGUCAACUAAGCUUGUGACUCUUUCCUGUCAUGAACCCUGACCUCAGCAGCCUUGCUCCCUUCCAGCAUCAAACCCCUUUGUCCUUCAUUUACACCAUACAGCAUUUUGAUAUCUACUGCAGCUGUUGCAGUAGUGACAUUCUUUGAAGCAAACUAAUAAAUCCUUAUUGC